UGACAGUAACAAAUGUAUUUUGGGAAAAUGAAAAUACUAUUUUUUCACUCGUAAGCACACCAGUCAAAUAAAGAAUUCAAAAUUUAGUUUGGAAGUGAAAUAUAAAUAUUUUCAUAUUUCGAAACUUUUCUUGGUCACAAAAAUAUUUGGAUUCGUGUAGUGCUUUCUUAUCCUUGAUUGAUAUGAUAGGUUAUAGAAAAUAGAUACAAAAACUUUGUAGUGUUUUUGGUAUAGAUAUGCCCCCAAAAAAGAAAAAGUUACCAGUUAAUCCAAUUGUAGUAGGGACGGUUUCAACCCGGUCAACUCGAAGGCAAAGCAUUGUUAACAUUGAAAUACCAAAAUCAAGUAGAAGCAAAAAAGGAGGUAGAGGUAUCUCCAAGACAAGCCCCCUAAAUAGAGAACUUACUGAUACAAGCUCUGAUGCAAAAGAAGAACAUUCGAGUAUAGAAUUCAUUUUGGAAUCUAGUUCAGAGUCAGAAAGGACAGACAGGAGUGAGAGAAUUGAUUCUUCUGAUACAGAUGCCUUGUCUAAGUCUGGAUCUGAAUUGGGAUUCAAAGAAGUGGCAGGAACUCUGAUUGAAAAACACAUCAUUAGUAUACAAAUACCAAAAUUAAGUGGAACCAAGAAGGGCAAAGGUAUUGCCAAUGUAGUCCCUCCAAAUAAAAAAGCUUUUGCUGAAUCAAGUCCCCAAUUAAAGAACAAUGCUAAAUCAGAAAGCUCAAGUUUAGAAUUCAUUCUAGAAUCUAGUUCUGAAUCAGAAAGGGCAGAUAGAAGUGAAAUACUAGAUUCUUCUGAUACAGAUGCCUUUACUAAGUCAGGUUCUGAGUUGAUUUUUGAGAAAGUGACAGAAUCUUCAAGUCAUGAAAUAGAAAUCCCGAAAUUGAAAGGUAGAGGUAUUGCCAAGAAAAUUCCUUCAACUAGAAAAGUUACAACUAAAAUAAAAUCUCAUACAAGAUCCCAUAUAAAAGAUAAUGCUGAAGCAGAACAUUCAAGUUCAGAAUUAAUUUCUGAUUCUAGUUCUGAAUAUGAAAGGACGGACAGAAGUGAGAGAACAGAUUCUUCUGAUACAGAUGCUUUGUCAAAGCCAGUAUCUGAAUUGAGACCUGAAUAUGUGACAGAACCUUCAAAAUCUGAGUCAUUCACAAGAAAAAUAAAAUAUUCUUUUAGCAAAGCAAUUGCCUCAAGAUCAAUACAAAUAGAAUCAACAAAGGAUGCAGAUGAAAGUAACCAAGCUUUGCUGCAAAUUUUGCAAGACUGGGAUGAUGAAGAUGAAAGUCAGGAGCACACUACAGAAGAUUCAAGAUUUGGUAGCAGACAUUCUGCAGAGAGUAAGAAUUAUGAAAAUUUAGAAUUUGGUGCAGAAGAUAUGAAUGAAAUAAUAGGAAAAGAUGGGACCAGCAAUACCAAUGUAGUGGAUAAAAGAGGGUCUGAAUCUAUGAAAAUGAUCAGCCCAAAUGUAGCAGAUGAAAAAAGAUUCCAGUCUAUGGAAAUUAUUGAGGACAAUUCAAUUGAGAAGGAAGUAUUGCAAAAUUCUAUUUCACUUGUUAACAUGCCAUUUGAAGAAUCAGAAAAUAUUCAACAUGAAAGCUCAGUUGAUGUUGAAGAAUCAAUGGAAGUGUCAUUUGAAGAUGAUACUGUUGUUGGCUGUGUUAUUGAAGAAAUUGUUCCUGACACUGCUGAAGAAAUGAUUAUAACAGACUCUAAUAUUGACAGUGACCCAAGCAGUGAACCUCAAAUUGUUUCAGAUGAAAGCAGAGAUACUGCCAAUAACACACCAAUUUUAGUCAGUGACAAAGAUUCUCAUUCCAUACAAAAUGAAGAAGACAUGACAGCUUCAGAGGUAAUAGACACAAGAGCUGAUGUUGCUUCAGAAGAAAGUCGAUCAAUGUCCACAGUUGAUUCAAAUGAUGCAGAGGUUAGAAGGUUUUUCUCUAAAGAAAAUCGUAAUGAUGAAGUUAGACCUAUCAAUGAAGGCUCUAGUAGUUCUAAUUUUGAAAAUCUAUCUAUGAUAGAAGAACAGUUGAUAGACAAUGAGAUUGCUAUUAGUCAAGAUUGUAUGAAAAUUCAAGAAGAAAUAGUGGAAGAAAAUGACCUGGAAAAAGAAAAUAAUGCAGUAGAAGUUGAAAUACAUGCAGACAUGUCAGAAGGUAGAAACAAGAUCAUUGAUGAAAAAGAACAAGAUAUUUUAAACAUACUUGAAGAUGAUUCAAGAGAAGAUCAAAAUGUUAUCACAAGGAUUCAGAGUGACAGUGCAGAAGUUACUGUGGAAGCAGGGAUGCCAGAAAUUCAAAUGACUGUUACAGAACCAAAUGUGAUUUCAGGAAAUGAUGAUGAUGUUGUGGAAGACCACAUGCAUUUAGAUACCUCUGAAAAUGAAAACAAAAUUGUUCAUGAUUUGGAAUUCCAAAGAGAACAGGAUAUUUUAUCCAUACUUGAAGAUAAUUCAACAGAGGAUCAAAAUGUUAACAUAAUUAAACAGGCUCAGAAACAGGUUACUAUGGAAUCACAUAUGUCAAAAAUUCCAAUGACUGUUAAGGAACCAAAUGCAAUUUCAACAAAAGAUAAUGAUGUGGCAGACCAAAGGCAUUCAGAUAGCUCAGAAAAUAAAAUCAACUUUAUUCAUGAUUUGGAAUCAAAAAAACAGGAUAUUUUAUCCAUACUUGAAGAUGAUUCUACAGAGGAUCAAAGUGCUACAAUUAAGAUUCAGGAUGGCAAUACAGGAGAUACUAUGGAAAAGCAGGUGCCAGAUGCUCAAAUGACUGUGGAAACUAAAAACCUAAAGCAUGAAUUGGAAUUACAAAAAAAACAGGACAUCAUUGCUAUACUAGAAGAUGACUUAAAGGAGGAUGACAAUAUUACUUUGAGCAUCCAGGGUGCCAGUGCAGUUGCUAUGGAAGAACAGCUGCCAGUUGAUCAAAUUACUGAGGGAAAAGAAGGUGAUGAAGAUAUGCUGUCUAUAAUAAAUCCAAAGCAACUAGUAAAUGAUCAUGGAAGUAUGGAGAAUCAAAUGGAAAAAAUGAAUUUGGAAGAAGCAGCAACAGUUCAAACACUUGGUGAAAAUAAUGAUAUUGCUACUGGCAUUGAUAGUGGAGGAGUAGGUUCAAGUUCAUUAGAAGAGCAUACUGUGCAAAUGGUUGAGGAGAAAGAAGUUGCCAUAAGUGUUGAAAAUAAAAUAGCAAAAAUGCAUCUAGGUGACAUGUCUAUAUAUCAAAGUAUUGUGAAUGAUGUAGCUCGAUUCAGUUUACAAGAUGGGUUGAAGGACUGUGAAAGUCUUAAAGCAGACACUUCCUCAAAUUGUUCCUUUCAAGAGAGUCUUCUACCACAUAGUUCAUCAGAAGAAUAUAAUGAAAAAAUAAAGGCAAAGGAAGUGAAACGAUUCUCAGAAAAAAGUAAAAGCCCUAGGAUAAGUAUCCCAAAGCUUCAAAUAGAAUCCACUGAAAAACAGACUAAAUCUCCCAAAUUUGAGAAAGUCCCAAAGCAAGUAACACCAGCCAAAGUCAAAGAAAUCAGACCCAGAGAGAAAAAAAUAUCUAAAGAACCCAAGAUUAAAAAGAAUCCAUCACCUGCUCCUAAGAAAACUAAUAACAAAAAUGAUAAAAAAGAAAAGCCCAAAACUGAAAAGAAGGAAAAGAAAUUUGGAAAAUCUGAUUCCACUAAAUCUGAUAAUGACACAGAUGAUACAGAGGUGAGAAGAUCCUCAAGAAUUAAGUCAAUAAAUGAUUCAAAUUCAACUAAGAAAAUAACUGGCAGGGGCCUUGUCAAAUCCAAGUCAGAAACCUCAUUGAAUUUAAUGGAUUGUGAUGUUUCUGAUAAUAGCUCAAUUAUUACAGAAUCAGGCAGAAGCACCCCAGUGGCAUCCCCAAAGAUAACAAUUGCUGAAAGAAAAAGUAGAUGGACUAAAUCAGCUGAUAACAUACCAGAUUCUCAAAAUCUAUCAAUAUUGGGUUCAACUGAAAGUGAAAUGGCAAAAAUGGAAAUUUAUGAUAAACCCAAAAUGCCUGCAAAAGAUCCUGUGGUAGAAGGAAGACUGAAGCAGUUUGUGCAUUUAAAAGAAAAUUCUUACAAAACUGAUAGAAUGACAUGCAAAGAAGCAAAAAAAAUGACAUGUGAUUGCUUUCUUACUAGUGAAGAAAUCGAGGGGAAUGAAUAUGGUUGUGGAGAAGAUUGUUUGAAUAGAUUACUCUUGAUUGAAUGUGGAAAUUUGUGUCAGGUGGGCGAUAGAUGUACAAAUAAGAGGUUCCAAAAAACUCAGUUUGCUCCUGUGGAAGUUUUCAAUACAGACAAGAAAGGAUUAGGACUCAGAGCUGCUGCUAAUAUUCCUUAUGGCGAAUUCAUCCUAGAAUACGUUGGAGAAGUUCUCAAUAGUGAUGAGUUUGAUAAAAGGGCUGAAGUUUAUUCCCAAGACAAAAAUAUUCAUUACUACUUUAUGGCCCUUAGAGCAGAUGCCAUUAUCGAUGCCACCAUGAAAGGCAAUAUUUCAAGGUUCAUCAAUCAUUCCUGUGAUCCAAAUGCAGAGACACAAAAGUGGACUGUUAAUGGCGAACUUAGGAUAGGAUUCUUUAGUACAAGGACAAUUCUUGCUGGGGAAGAAGUUACAUUCGAUUACAGGUUCCAGCGAUAUGGUAAAGAGGCCCAAAAGUGUUUUUGUGGAGCAUCCAUCUGCAGAGGUUGGCUUGGCGAGGAACCGGAUUCUGAUGAGGAAGAUGAAGAUGAAGAUGAAGAAGAAACUGUGGGCACAGUUCAGGAUGCCUCGUUAGCUAUACCCGCAGCUAUAAAGGAAGGGGUUUUAUCAUCGGAUAUCAAGGUUGAAACUGAAGAUACUGAAUUUGAGAAAUCUGCAGAUUUACGAAAAAUAUCGGUCAAGGAUGAAGAUAAGAUAUCUGAAGAAACGAUAGCGGGUGUUACUCCUGCUAUUGUGCCGGUUGUAAAGAGAAAAAUAACGAAAAAGAAGCCGAGAGUUGAACUGUUUGAAGAAAUUGAUCAACUUGAUGAAGAAAUCGAAAUGUUGGUAUCUACCGGCUUGAAAAACCAGGCGCAAACUUUGAAACUCAGUCGAUUGGUAGUCCGAGCCAAAGAUCCACAGCAAAGGGCAAAAUUAUUGAGAGUUUUGAGAAGAGGCGAACUACCUUGUCGCAGAUUGUUCUUAGAUUACCAUGGUCUGCGUUUAAUACACGGAUACAUGAUCGAUGCCCAGCAGUUGGUAGUCACUAACAAAAAAUACGAAUCCAUGAGGCUGGAAAUGCUCCAAACUCUAGCAGUCCUUCCCAUACCGAACAAAUCGAUGCUACAAGACAGCAAAGUGCUUUCCACAGUGGAACUGUGGGCGUCAGAUAAGGACCUCACGUCUCCUUUGGACUCUGACAGCAACUCGCCUAAAACGGAACAAGACACUGUCAGCGAAGCUUGCACGGUCAAAGAGGAGAAUAUAAAAACAGAGGACGAUCUGAAGACCGUGCAAGAUCAAGAAGAAGAGAUCAAGUUUCUGGCCAACAAGCUGCUGGAGGAAUGGAGCAACCUCAAGGAGGUCUUCAAGAUACCGAAAAAAGAACGGAUCGAGCAGAUGAAGGAGCACGAAAGAGAGGCCAACAAGAAGUUUAUUCAGGCGCAGAACGCUUAUGAAAAUGAACAGGACAAGGAAAAAAAGAGUGACAGGUAUCGAUCAUUUUCUGUUCGCUACAAAAUCGACAAGGACCCUAAUAGGAAAGGCAUGAAGCAGGGGGAUAAACCGAGCGCUGAAUUCUUGAAGCUAAGCAAGGUGGAACGACGCAAGCUGUUCGCGCUGCAGCACGAGCUGCGCGAGGAGGAGCGCCGGCUGAAGCAGCGCGAGAUGUGGCGCCAGCACGAGACGAACUGCAUGAUGAUGGGCACAGACCCGCGCUUCACGGCGCCCUUCGACCCGAGCAGGGGGUACCAUUGCGUCUGGAAUCCACAGAUCGGUCAAUGGCAGAACUACCCGUUACCUCCGAACACCUCCAUGUACCCAUCGCAGUCUCCUUUGCCCAACAUGAGUCUCCCUCCUCACCAAAUACCAAAAAGUAUGCCCAGCUAUUCUUACACUCCCCCACUACCGAUGAGCACCAACGUGGGUAUGGGCAUUUCUCAAUUGACACAUGGUGGUCUACAGCUGCCAUCUCCUGCGGUAAUGUCACAGAUACCUUCGAAUCUUCCAACUGCAAUGCCCAUAGUGCAGUAUCACGAACCUAUCAAGGAAGAAGAUCCUUCUCAAGUGAAAUUCAUGGGUCCCAUUCCGCCUCCCGUGAAGCUACCACCCAAAUGGAAAUGUGCCAAAGACAAGUACGGAAGGCCGUACUAUUACCACAUCAAAUUGAGGAAGAGCCAGUGGGAACCACCGCCUUUGGUAGAUCCAGUUUUAGAUGAAAACCUCGACUCAUCUGAAUCGGAAUCUAGUUCUGACACGAGCAGCAUCAGUUCGGACUCGAGCUCGGACAACUCCGAGAGCGACGUCGACGAUACAAAACUUCUCAUGGAAGUUCGGAAACAGAUGGACAACUCCGCCAAAGCUAAAGCUAAGGCACCGAUCCCUGAGCAAUCCAACCCCGAAGAAUCUUGCGUCGCAACGCCCAGUCCGGAAGAUAAGAAUUCCGAAGAUGACAUGGAUUUGGAUGAGAAUAUUGCGAAAUCGGCCCCGUUCAACGAAGACGACACGCAAAGGCCUUCUAUCGACAUGAGACUGAAACUGCUCGAUUUGUUCAAAGACGACAAACCACCUAGUAAGAAGAGAAGGGUUGGGUUGUGCGAGGAAAUUAUCAUAAGCCCAAGGACUGAUGAAGAUAAGAAACAAUUCAAAGAAGACAUGAAACGUUACAAAGCCAACAAAGAAAAACUAAAACGUCAAAAGGAACUUAUACUUCAGCAAACCAAGAAACAGCUGAGAGAGAUUGAACUGAAGAAGUUGAAAGAGAAACGAUCCAGGCCAUCUUUGAAGACGAAAAUAAAAGAUAUGCCAGAUUUCAACAGUGAUGCCGCUAAGAAAAUUAAGGAGACCUUCCGUGCCAAUAUGGCGUCAACGGUUGUCAAUUCCCUGAAUGUUUACAGAAAGUCUGAUUGUAUAGAAGGAAAAAUAACUAAUACCGAAGACUUCAAACAUUUAGCUCGAAAGUUGACACACUUUGUGAUGCUGAAAGAAAUGAAACACAUAUCGAAGAUUGAAGAAUUGACAUGUACAGAUAGUGUGAAGAUGAAGGCGAGGGAGUAUAUUCGAAAAUAUAUGAGUAAGUUCGGAGAGGUAUAUGUCAAACGUAAUGAUUCACCGGAUUUCAAGGACUAAUUUCCCAAGGCUCUUAUCUGUGAUAGGAAGGGUUUUAUUUUCUACACAUUUUAGUGUUGUAAAACUACAAAUUGUAAUUUGUAACGUUGUGUAAAAUAAUUGUUUGAAAGGGUUAAUUUAUUCAUUCUUUUUUAUUCUUUAUUCAUGACCUGAAAUUGUGUUCCAAUUAUGUUGGUAAUUGUUCAGAAGGAUUGACUUAUUUGAGUAAAAAAGGAAAACGAUGUUAUUUAACAUACUUUACAUUAUUAUAGAAAAAGGUAAGUUUUGUGUGAAUAAAAGUUUUGUGCUAUAAUUUUUACAUAUUGAUUAAAUUUAAUUCAAAUUUAUUCAACAUUUUUAAUCCAUGUAUCAGUCACCAAAUAUUUCAUUCAGUGGAUCUUACAUGACCAUUUCUGAUAAUCAAAGCUAAUAUAGAUCUCCCAUAGGCAGAGUCAAACAUUUUGAAUGGAACAAUAUUGUUUGCACAUUUGGUGGUUAACAGCAUGACAAUAAAUGUUGGUGGCUAUAGGAUCAGUGGUAACACUAGGAGUUGAGCAAUAUGUGCCUAUUAUGUUUAUGAAAUAUAUAUAUAUUUUUCUUAUAAUAAGGUACAUUUUGUUUUCGGUUUGUAUUGGUCAUUUUUGGUUGUUUAUUUAGAUCUGAACAUUUAUUCCUGUUAAAAUGAGAGGACUCCUCGAUGCAGAAAUCGUUGGUGAUAUGGUAUGUAAUUACAAAACUCGUCCGGUAUAUUGGUUCCACCGUCUUGAAUUUCCAAAUCCCGCCCUUUCCAAAUUUUGACUGAAUAAUCAUAAUCUCCGACCCCGAAAACACCCAGAUAACAAUUUUGAAGAGAUUCGGAUCAUAAUUACAAUACUCGUCCGCCAUAUUGAGUUCGCCAUCUUGAAUUUCCUAAUUUUGACGAACGAAUCAUAGGCUGUGUCAAGUCUGUGGUUUGACCGGGCACAUGCGUUCAUUAUGAAGUCUGACCAUCGAUUUGACCAACCAGCUGUUUGGGAAUAUCGGUCACAUUUCAAACCUAGCCACAAAGUUACCACGUUAACUUUUGAUGGGAGUCGAGUCAAGCAUUGGCCACCCUGGCAUCACCAAUGACUUGACAAUGAUGGAAGUAAGUUCCAUCAAUGACUUGACAGCCCUAAUUUCCGACCCCGAGAACCAAAAGAUACAAAAUUUGAAUAAAAUCGGAUCCUAAUUACAAAAUCCGUCAUUUUGGAUCCGCCAUCUUGGAUUUCUUAAUUUUGACGAAGGAAUCAUAAUCCCCGAUCACGAAAACUCCUAGGUACCAAUUUUGAAAAGAAUCGGAUUAUAUUUACUAAACUCGUCCGCCAUCUUGAAUUUCAAAAUUCCGCCCGAAUUUUCAAAUUCUGACGAAAUUAUUACAAAACUCGUCCGAUAUAUUGGAUCCGCCAUCUUGAAUUUCUUAAUGGUACCGGGAUAAAAAGUUUCCUAUAUCCUUCUGGUUCUAAGCCACCUCCCCUCCAAUUUUGAGCCAAAUCGAUCCAUGGUUUUGGAGCCUAUUCAAUUCAUACAAACAAUAAACAAACAAUCAAAUCUUUCCUUUUUAUAAUAUUAGUAUAGACUAUCUGUAGGUUAAUCGAGGAGGUGGUAUAUUUAUUAUUCCAGAUUUUUUGAGAUUUUCUCUCCUCGUUUCUAUAAAAUAAAAAUAUGAAUAUUAUUUCAAUGUACGUGAAUUUUCCUAUCAGAGAGCCUAAAAAAAAAUUCACUAGCUUGUCAGUGACAAUUUGUAUUAAAAAAGGUUUGGAGAAGAGAAGUAAAGAUAUGUAGAAAAAAUAUCAAAUUUUCACUUAGCUUUGGACGUUUCGGGAACGAAUCUGCUGCUCAUUGAGAACUGAAAAGUUUCAAGACAGAUACGAAUUCGCUAUUCAAAUAAACAUUUUUUAUGUUGAAAACGGGAGCAGAUUCGUUCCCGAUACGUCCAUUGUGUUCAUUGACUAAGACGUGCCAAAAUCUUUCGAAUCAUUCCCAUCAUGUAAUAUGUUGGGAUUCCUGUUUUUUAUGAUUAUUUUUCGCAAUGAAAUUGUGGAGGCUGAGUGCGAAUGUGCAUGCGUUCCUAAAUCAUUGUUCCCAAGGUGAUCUAUCCACCUUUAUUGUUCCUAAUGUAUCACGUGAUUUCUGUGACCAAUCUG